AGCCUACAAAGGGUUGUAGGUGGAGAAAAAUUCUAAGUUUGCAAUUAAACUAGAUGGACAAAAUAAAAGCGGCAGAGUUUUGUUUCAGUAUUUAUCAACCAAUAGGAUGGAGAUAACAGAGGGGAGGAGCUUUUGUUUACAAGUAGUAAGGCGGUUUUUAAGCCCCCGAAAGCUGUUCGAGGAGGGAUCUCUAUUUGUUUCCCACAGAUAACUGCAGAUCGCUCGAGCAACAUGGAUUUGCUAGGAGCAAGAUUUGGACAGUUGAUGAAAAUCCUCCACCUCUUAGUCCGAAUGAUUCCCAUCGGAAAUCCUUGGUUGAUCUUUUGCUUAAUCCAUCUGAAGAUCUCAGAUGUUGGCCCCAUAGGUAAGAGCUCGGAUGUUUACAUUCCUUUCUCGAUUUAUGACAUGAUUGCAAGUUGCCCAGUGACUGCAUCAGUCGCCGCAACCUGUAUAUGUAAACGAAUUGCUUAUCUGUUGCCGACAGACUUUAGUUUCUCUUUUGCGUAUCAUACGUAUUUGUCGGUUUCCGACAUCAGUGAAGUGAGGAUAGAAGGGCUGGAGACUGUCGACUACCUAGACAACCUUUGCCAUAAAGAACGUUUUACCGAGCAAGGAGAUGCUAUAACAUUCGAAUCCGAGGUGGAUCAAGUUUAUCUCAACACUCCUAAUGUAGUCGAUGUACUUGACCACAAAAGGAAACGAACUUAUAUUAUCAGGAAGGAGGGACUGCCCGAUGUUGUGGUAUGGAAUCCAUGGGAGAAGAAGUCGAAACCAAUGGCAGAUUUCGGAGACGGGGAGUACAAACAGAUGCUAUGCGUCAACGGAGCAGCAAUAGAGAAGCAUGUGACAUUGAAACCCGGUGAGGAGUGGACGGGGCGGCUAGAACUCUUGAUUGUAGCAUCGACAUUGAGCACUGAACAUAUUGAUCUGCAGACAAGCAAUGGGUUUUGAGGUAGGAAUAUAGUUCGAUGUUAAUUAAGAAAAGAAAGUUUAUGCGUAGCAUUGAAAUGAGUGUAGAGUAGCAAGUAUAAGCCCUGAAACAAGGGGAAGAGAGAAAA